GGAUUGGAUGGAAAUCCUGGAGCAUCUGGUCCACGUGGACCAAAGGGUGAAAGAGGACUGCCAGGGGUCCAUGGUUCUCCAGGUGACACAGGCCCACCAGGGGUAGGAAUUCCUGGCCGAACAGGCUCCCAAGGACCAGCAGGAGAGCCAGGUCUUCAGGGCCCUCGAGGUCUCCCUGGGUUGCCAGGAACUCCGGGAACCCCAGGAAAUGAUGGAGCUCCAGGAAGGGAUGGAAAUCCAGGUCUGCCAGGCCCCCCAGGUGACCCGAUUGCACUUCCUCUCUUGGGUGACAUCGGUGUCUUGCUCAAGAACUUCUGUGGCAAUUGCCAAGCCAGUGUUCCUGAAUUGAAGAGCAACAAAGGAGAAGAAGGAAGCGCCGGUGAUCCUGGAAAGUAUGAUUCUGUAGCCAGGAAGGGUGAUAUCGGGCCACGGGGUCCUCCAGGAAUCCCAGGCAGAGAGGGACCAAAGGGAAGCAAAGGAGAACGGGGCUACCCUGGGAUACUGGGAGAGAAAGGUGAUGAGGUAAAAGAGACUCCUCUGAUAAUAGAAUCCUGUCAUUGA